UCGGUCAGUAUGGAGCUCGGUCUUCUUCCUCUUGUGCUCUUGCUGAUUUCAAGCGUCCACUCUGCACACACUGAAGAAAGACCUAAACCUAAAGUGACCAUUAAACCUGCUCAACAUGUAUUCAGAGGAGAGACAGUCACUCUCAGAUGUGAGAUAUAUGAUGAAGGAGUCACUAGCUGGAGCUACAACUGGUAUAAAGAAGGUUCAGACUUUGAAUUCAAUUAUCAGCCAGAACUCACAAUCAGGUCUGUUACUGAGUCUGAUGCAGGUAAAUACACCUGUGAAGGAUCAGAGACAGAAGGAUCACGCAGGACACAAGAGAGUGAUGCAGUUACACUGACAGUAUCAGAAAGACCAAAACCCAAAGUGACCAUUAAACCUGCUCAUCAUGUAUUCAGAGGAGAGAAAGUUACUCUCAGAUGUGACAUAUAUGAUGAAGGAGUCACUAGCUGGAGAUACAGCUGGUAUAAAGAAGGUAGAUUCAGGUUUGUCAGUAAACUACAGGAACACACAAUCAUGUCUGUUACUGAGUCUGACGCAGGUAAAUACACCUGUGAAGGAUCAGAGACAGAAGGAUCAUGCAGGACACAAGAGAGUGAUGCAGUUACACUGACAGUAUCAGAUCCCAGAGCAGUUUUAAGUGUUUCUCCACAGAACUGGCUGACUGAAGGAGAUCCAGUGACUCUGAUCUGUGAGGUUCACAGUUACUCUACAGGCUGGAUGUUCAGAUGGUUCACUUUAACUGUCUCACCAGAUCAGUAUGAUCUGCUCUCAGACAGCAGCAGAGGAGCAGGAGGAAACUACACGGUCAGUUCUGUUGCUCUAAAUCACACAGGAGUUUAUGUGUGCAGAGCAGAGAGAGAGAAAUCAGUCUAUAAAACACAGUUCAGCAACACACAGCUGCUGUGGGUCACUGGUGUUUCUCCUCCAGUCUCUCUGAUCGUCAGUCCCAGCAGAAGUCAACACUUCACAUCUGUCUCUCUUUCUCUGAGCUGUGAGGAGCAGAGUAACUCUACUGGAUGGAGAGUGAAAAGAUACACAGACGGUGGACGGCUGGAAGAUUGUUCAUUACGUGGAGGAUCUACAUUUACAUUCAGCUCCAUCGUCCCAUCAGACACUGGAGUGUACUGGUGUGAGUCUGAAUCUGGAGAGAAACAUCAUCCGGUUAAUAUCACUGUACACUCUGGUGUGAUUCUGGAGAGUCCUGUUCAUCCUGUGACUGAAGGAGAUCAUCUGAUUCUGCGCUGUUUAUAUCAAAAUACAACCCCAGCAAACCUCAGAGCUGAUUUCUAUAAAGAUGGAUCACUCAUCCAGAAUCAAACUACAGAGAUGAACAUCACCACUGUCUCAAAGUCACAUGAGGGUUUCUACUACUGCAAACACCCGACGAGAGGAGAGUCACCCAAGAGCUGGAUCUCAGUCAGAGGAGUCUCAAAUGAACACUGCUUGUUUCAUUCAGAAUCUCAGAUCUCUGUCCUCAACAUACUCAGUUCUGUGCUGGCAGCUUGUUCAUAUCUGCUAGUGACAGUCAUGCUGGUUUUCAAAAGCUGCCGAAUGAGAGUUACAUUUUCUAAAGAAGAAGAAACAUCAGUCUGAUAAUGAUUCAUCUGUUGCAACAUUGUCAAAACUUCAGCUUCAUCCUGAAAUCUCUCAGCAUCUCAAUCACCAGCUCAGACAGUAUCUAUGCUUACUGU